CUCAGUCACAGAAGCACAAACACUCCCUGUGUGUACCUCACCAAUCUCUACAAUGGCUCUCUCAAAAAAUAAAGCCAGACGUGACGGAAUGCCUGCGUCGGUCAAGUACUACUUCGACACUACGUGUCGGCCUCCAAGACAAGAAUGUCACCGUGGCUUCUGCUCGCGGGACUUUCGACGCUAUUCUGGAGGACUAUCCGGAGAUGGGCCAUCACCUUGCACAAGACGCCUCCAUUGUGCAUGAUCCUGUCUUCGAAGCAGCAAUAACGAAGGUCCUUAACGACACCACAGGCGAUUUGUCAACCAGAGAGAAAGCUGCUAUAAAGUAGUUUGAAGUUAAAACAGCCCCCCCGUCUAGACGCAUUGUACACGGCGAAAUGGUCGACUUCUACCACCAGAUACAAGAACGCAAGCGCCUGAAAACGACUAGGACAACGGCAUAUGAGAACCUCAGCUUCAUGAAAGGAAAAUCCGUAGCAGUUGAGAGGUUGUUUAGUGCAGCUAAACGUGAUGACGGACCGCCGAUCCCGCCUGACUCCUGGCAUGUUCGAAGCCAUUAUGUUUCUCAAGGUAAGCGACAGCUUCUUGGCGCUGGAAUAAUUGCUGCGUUCAAGCAGCGCUACCGGCGUCGCCAGAUCCACGCUCUUGAUCAGCUUGAAGUCGACCCAUCGAUGGACAUGUCGAAAGAAACCAAGUUAUUAAAGGUUGACGCUCGCCAGGCGGAGGAGGACUCCGAAAUCGACGAGAUAGCUAAGAUGCUGUCGCGCCUACCUGUCUCCGAUCCGAUAUUGGUGACAGAGCUGCUGAAUUCACCAGAUGAGGACGUGUACGACAAACCUACUGAUGAAAAUUUCUGCGAAAUCAUAGUGGAGGACGUUCCCGCGAAUGAUAAGUCGAUUGGUGCCUGCGAGGAUAAUAGAGAUGAAGCAGAGAACGAUAAUGUAGAGAUUGAUUCUGCGGAUACUAAGGAGCACCUUAAAAAGAUUGCAAAGCUGCUUUUUCAAAACGAUUCAACGGGCGUGUCGGAUAGUAGCAGCUUCCGCCCUCCAAGUUGUGGUCUUCAGUGCCGCACUAGUCCCACCAGUACAACAAGUCGUCAGCUCCGUAGUUGCCGUGCAGGGUCGUCGUCCCCUGGAAUGUAA